GCGAAUCCAAUACAAUGUAGGCUGGUUGAGAGGGAACAAAUGACGCAUCUCCAAGUCUGGAGAUAUUUGAGAAUGCAUCGACACAUGGAUGUUGUUCUUUUAAUUAUUAUUACUGUUAUAAAGCAGUUAUUGAGCUGCGAAUGGGAUUUGGAUAUGCGCGCUAAAAGUGUGGAGAAGUGAGUUUUGGGGGCCCCAGGAUGGACACUGCGGAGGUAAUUCUCUCCGUGUUGGUAGUUGUGAUCAUUAUAGUGUCGCUGCUUUCCAACAUCCUGGUGCUGAUCUGCUUUCUCUACAACCCGGAGAUCCGCAGGCAGGUACCCGGACUGUUCAAUCUUAAUCUAACCUUCUGCAACCUGUUGCUGACUGUGGCGAACAUGCCGCUCACUCUGGUGGGACUCGUCAGCCGGGCUCAGCCGGGGGGACACGGCUUCUGUCAGAUCGCGGGGUUCCUGGAGACCUUCCUGUCCACCAACUCCAUGCUGAGCAUGGCCGCUCUGAGCAUUGACAGGUGGAUCGCGGUGGUUUUCCCCCUGAGGUACCAUUCCAAGAUGCGCCACAAGGACGCAGCUUUAGUGCUCGGUUACACGUGGGCGCACUCCAUGUCCUUUUCCACGGUGGCCGCCUGCCUGUCCUGGGUGGGCUACCAUCGGCUUUACGCGUCCUGCACCUUGUCCAACUCGAGAUCUAACAACAGGACCCAGUUUAUUGUCUUUACCGUGUUUUUCCACUCCUUCACCUUCCUUCUGUCCUUUAUAGUUUUAUGUUUCACAUACCUCAAAGUUCUUAAAGUGGCUCGGUUUCACUGCAAGAGGAUCGAUAUAAUAACCAUGCAAACUUUGGUGCUGCUUGUGGACAUACACCCCAGUGUCCGUCAGCGUUGCCUUGAAGAGCAGAGGAGGCGGCGACAGAGAGCAACCAGGAAGAUCAGCACCUUCAUCGGCACCUUCAUGCUUUGCUUUGCUCCCUAUGUGAUCACGAGGAUCGUGGAGUUAUUUCCAGCAGUGCCUAUCGACCAUCAUUGGGGAAUUGUCUCCAAGUGUCUAGCAUACAGCAAAGCAGCCUUUGACCCCUUUGUGUAUUCCCUGCUGAGGCAUCAGUACAAAAAGACAUGCACGGACAUCAUCAAUAGGCUGCUAAAACGGAGUUCGCUAAAUACGUCUGGACGCCGGCCGGAGCAACAGGGCAACAGCAUACCCACAGCUGAGUAAAUGAGGUUGCAUGGCAGCACAGAUGGAAAUACUAGCCUGAUUCAUUGCUGAUGAAGAUGAGGAACGAUAUUGCUGUUUCAUGUCCAUGCCUGCUUAAAUUUGGUCCGACAUGAUAAAAAAGCAAGGUAAAUAAAAAAUAACAAAUCAUCCAUGGCAAAGGCAAACCUCACUCAGGAGUACCAGUGAGUGCCCAGAGCUGCAGAUCAGCACGGUGAUCUUGCUGUGAGGACAAUAAACUUCAGAUUUUCUAUUUACCUGAAAUGACAGAGGUGUUCUUACAGGAAGUACUGUCAGUUUUAAGAAUUAUUAUUACAUCUAAGGUAGGAUUCCACUCAUGUACAGUUAUAAAGUGACUUUGUUGUAUAUUUCCUUUAAUAUAUAUAUUUUGAAAAAAGUAGUUGGAUGUCAAUGUAAGGUGCUGAAAGUGACAAAAUUAUAAACUAUUUGAGUAAGUAUGUAGCACUGUAGUUAAUAUUAUACUUUUCUCAGAAGUAUUCUUGUUGAAAACAAACACAACAGAAAACAUCGCUGCUCUGCUAGUAGACUCAGGAAUAUUGGCCUAAUGGUGGAAAUUUUAGAAAAAUCUGGCACUUUUUUGUCCUUUUUCAGUUUAUUUUGUUUACUGUUUCACAUUUUUCUGAAGGUCAUUCUACCUUUUUUUUUUUUUUUCAGUGGUUUUCUGUGAAUGCCUCGGUGAGUCGGCCAAACUGAAGUUUGUUACCGUAUAUGAAACGUGUCUUUCUUACAAAAUCUGGUUAUUUUUUAAAACCUUUUUUAAUCUAUUUGUCUGCAUCCAUUUUUGAUCCCUGAAUACUAACCUAAAAUUGAUUAAAAAAACUUUAUUUAAAUUAAUUUAAAUUACCUGCCCAAA